UGUAUUGCUACUCGGUAAACGGAAGCUCCACGGAACAAAAAUGGAUAUGAAUGGUUUGAACGUUACUUUAAUUCCGUUACUUGCGUUGUGUUUUAUUUAAUUUCUGACACACGGACAUACGGGCUACAUGAACGUGGAACCUCGCCUUGUUUACACGGCAGCAUAUGGUUAGGUUAUUUAAUGAUGGAGACCCAAUGCGAGUACUUCAUGUAUUUCCCUGCCGCUCCAAUAUCCACUCUGUCAGACCCGGCGGAGUACACUACUGUCCCGCGGAGAAAGCACGUCUACCUCGGGGAGGUGGUGCAGUUCCUGCUGGUACUGCGGUCCCGGAAGGCGGCGGGGAAGGAUGACAGCUCCGGGGUUUUACCGUGGAAGGAGAUGGUGAGUUCACUGUCAGCUCAGGCGAGUGUGUGCGUCGCAGAGAGCCGUGUGCAGAGACACAGCGAGUACCAGCCCGACAUCCAGAGCACCUGCAGCGGGGACAGCGGGGAAGAGGAGCCCGUGGAGGAGAGGGAGUCUGGAGGAAAGAGACCGGACAGUACCCGGACCUUCAUACAGUGCACCCCGCAUCUCACUCACAACAGCUCGGCCAGAGAUGGGCGACAGUGUGGGGAACCGGUGCAGUCCGCUCUGGUUUUGGAUGACCAGGUUGUCUUCUCUCUCACCGUCUCUUUGGACAAGCUGCCAGCCAACACGCUUAAAGCCAAGAUCGUAGUGACUGUGUGGUGUCAUGAGGAUGAGAAAGUGGAGGUGAGGGAACAUGGUUACCUGACCCUUCUACAGCUCAAGAGCCCACUACACACCUUCAGACAGGACCUCAGCACCUUCAAGGCGCAGGUCAGCACCAUCAUGAAUGUUCUACCACCUCCCAGUGUGCAGUGUCAGCACAUGGCUGUCUCUGGAAAACACCUGACUCUCCUUAAAGUGUUGAACUGCAGCUCUCAGGAUGAGGUGUGUGUCAGAGAUGUGAAGAUCGUUCCCAACUAUAACUCCUCCUACCUCCCCAUGAUGCCAGAUGGUUCAGUUCUCAUAGUGGACAAUGUCUGCCACCAAUCAGCUGAGGUCACCGUGGCUUCAUUCUGUCGGAUAGAUAGCGGGUCAUCGCGUUUACCCAGCAUGCUCAGCGCCCUUGAAGAACAGACCUUCCUGUUCCAGCUGCAGCUACAAGACACAGCAGAGGAGUACUCUAGUGAGGGUUUGGAAGUCCCGCUGGUGGCUGUGUUACAGUGGUUUACUCCAACACUCCCUUUAACAAGAUACAUCUCUAGUUGUUACUCGUUGCCUAGCAUCCGCCUGGAUCGCCCUCGCCUGGUGAUGACAGCUUCCUGUCCCAGGGCGGUCCGGCCUCUGGAGCACUUCUGGGUCAAAUACACCCUGCUCAACAACCUGCAGGACUUCCUGGCUGUCCGUCUGAUCUGGAAUGCUGACGCUGCUCUUGGAGGCCAGCAGCACCAUGGUGGGGGGGCGGUGGUGUGCCAGUCUCCCCUCAACAACCUGGGUCAGUGCAGGAAGGGCUCCACCCUCUCCUUCACCGUGGCCUUCCAGAUCCUCCGCACCGGACUCUUCGAGCUGAGCCAGCACAUGAAGCUGAAGCUGCAGUUCACAGCCUCGGUGUCCACCCCCCCGGUGGAGCCUCGCUCUCCCUCAUCAUCCAGCCCGGGGGUCCGAGAGCUGCUGGAGAGACAGAGCCUGGGCCGCUCUCACAGCUUCUCCCACCAGCAGCCCUCCAGAGCCCACCACGUCAGGUCAGGCAGUGUGAUGGAGCGGCGGGCCAUCACCCCUCCUGUAGGACCUCCAAUGGGGAGGGGUCUGUACCGGCCCCCUGAAAACGGCCUCAUCUCCCUGGACAAAAUAGCCAAGAGAGAGUGUAAGGUGUUGGUGCUGGAACCAAUGAUAGACACACCCUGCAGAUGACCCUGAGAGCAGAGUCUUACCGCAGACACACAUUAGUGUUGGACACUCUGGCAGCUGACUCUGAAGGAGACAUGACGAGGAUGGAGUGAUGGACGGAGGAGCAGAGAGGGGGGGUGAUGGAGGGAUGCUGCUGGCCUUCUGUGGAGCCGCACCAAUUCUUCAUCUCAUUGGUUUAUCAUUUCAAUUUAUUUGUUUUUUUUACAUUUCCUUCAAGCUAUCAUUCCAUUUUACUCAAUGGGUUAUCCUAUGCCUGUGAAUUCUGCUUAUAUUUAUACUUUAUAGUACACAACCGUGAUCGUUUUUUCAUGGCAGCUUCUUGUAGGAUCUAAUCAGGAAAUCCCAGAUUUCCUGCCAUUGUCAGGUCUGGGAGCACAAAUAGUGCUGGGUGCUCACAGCAGUCUGUUUUCAUACAUAACAGUUUGUGUAAUACACCUAUUGCCAUAACACACAGAGACCGUAAGAUUGCAUUCUUUUGGAUUCAUGGUGUACUUGGUUUCCAAAAAGCCAACAAAGUCUGCUGGGUUUUGGUUGGAAACAUCCUAAUAGGACAGUUUGACCAAGCCAUUGUUGGUUCAAACAAUAACUGCUCUUGUUUAUUACAAAUAUAUACCAUGUGGAUCACAGAGCUGAUGGAAGGUGUAUUUAUAUUUAUUGUGACAGAGCUCAGCUAGCCAUUUCCAGUUUUUGUGCUAAGCUAAUACUCUGAACCUAUUUCUGUGCUUAACCUACUGAUGUAAAACUUGAUAUACCUACCUACUUACAAUCCAUAGAUUUAAAGUUCUUUAACUGGACUACUGACAUUAUAUAUUAUUGUUAUAGGUGCACUGGAUGAAAGCUGCAUCUUAACUUAAAAUUGAAGGGCUGUUUUACUGCUUUCCCCAGAGAAAGUUGGUAUUUUUUCAAAAUAGUAAAGUAUUUAAAUGAGUGUGAUCCACCUCUAAACUUGUCUUAACACUGGCUGAAUUAUGUAAGUGUUAUUGUAUAUAUUUAUUGUUGAGUUGGAGUGUUAAUACUCAGGUUUUAAAUGUAUGUUUUUGUCUUUUAUUUGACCCUUCGUAUACACUCCAUUGUCGGUCUCCUUAUUUCAAUAUCCAGUCGUUUGAACCCUGACAUUCAGCAUUUGUUACAUAAUAGCUGACUUGCAUGUAUAAUGUGUGGCUCACAGGGUCCAACUGAUAUCAAAGGGUUUUGUGAAGUUAAUUUCCCACGUUUAUUUUUAACAUUCCUAAAAUUCACAUCCCCAGCAUUUCAUUAAAGAACUCUUAAAUGAAAAAUGAAAGUUUGUUAGUAAGACCGAUCCUUUUCUUUUUAGGAGACACCCAGGGUGCUUUGAAACACCCUUUUUUGCGAUCUUAUGAUAACGAAAAGAGGAACCAUGUUUUGUAAUUCUUUGAGUAUUUUAGUUGUUUGUUUGCAGAAUAUAUUACUCAAAGGACGUUGUAAAAGACAAACUGAAAGAAUUAUAAUUUAUUAUUGAAAACAUUAUUGUUUCUACGUGUGGAAUUAUGUUCAAAUGUUGUUAGCUGUCCCGCUGUGACUCACUAAAAGUUUGACAAAAAAAGUCAACAAUGUCGUCCCAAUAAUCAGUACCAAAUUCAAUCACUUACUUUCUAAGAACUUACUAGAAAAUGUUGAGCCAGUAAAGUAAAACUACCAUAAUAACAGAAAUGGUUGUUAAAACAUGAAGUGUUGUCACUGAUUCCAAUUCCUAUAAUUUUAUAAAUGCAACUUAUUCAGUCUGUCAAGCUUUUUCUCGUUUACAGAUGUGACCUACAUCUGUAAACAAAGUGGAUGUUAAUAUUAGGAUAGCAAAGACCCCGCUAGAGGCUGAUACGUGUUGGCAAUAAAGACCAAUGUGCUGAUAAAGAAUGACCAGAAAUGGUGCUUGAAGCAAAGAAAGCUGAUCUUUGGAGGAAAGACCAUGGUUCAUCCCCCUGAGAGCUUGACUGUGUUGUUAAAGAGAUGAUAUAUUUACCUUAAAGACUUGGAGAUGUUGAGAGGGUUCAUCCUCUGGGGAGCAUACAUGUGUACAAAUUGUAAAUGUCAUUGCUGUACUCUGCUUAUUAGAUGUUUCUUUAAUGUAUAUUAGUGUGAAAAAAGGUUCAUCCUCCACAACAAUGAAUGUUCCCAGCACAUGUUCUGUAAAUCUGACUAAAGUGUUGGUUGCAGGGAGUUGACAGACAAAAGGUCAUGGGGUCAAUACAGUUGUAGGAUCUUCCUCUGAGGUCCCUGAACAAAACCUAAUGGGAAGCAAGUCCGUUGUUGAGUUAAAGAAUGUGUGUAUUUUAUCAUCCGAGUGUUUAAGCUACACACGCAUUUUAGACUUAUCGACCCCCAACAUCUUUCAUCAUCAUUGGUAUGACUACGAACUGUUUAUCCUGAUCUUGAACCUCGUCUCAAAACACUGGAUCCUUAGAGAGUCACAUAUUCAGUUUGCAAGUAAGCUAAUUGUUUUGUAAGCGAUGUUUUGGAGCUUCCGUUUUCUGCCUACAUGGUAAAUAAAGUUUAGCUGGGUAAGG